AUGGCAGUCGGACCAAUUUGUGGAGGGUUCAUCACGGAAUAUCUUAGUUGGCGAUGGGCGUACUGGAUCCUCGUGCUGUGUGCUGGAUCUUCCACUGCCAUAAUCACGUUCUUCAUGCAAGAAUCCAACGCUGUUGUCCUUCUGGAGCGGAAGGUCAGAAAGUUGAGAAAGACGCUCGGGAGAUCCGAGCUAGUGUCAGCAGUUCAAAACCGGAUGCCGGCUCAUGAGCUGUUGAAACUCCUGGCCAAAUCCCCAAUCGUCUUGUUUAUAAGCAUCUAUGUUGCGACGGCCUAUGGCUUGCUGUACCUCAUGUUCACUACCCUUCCGACGGUUUUUCAAGAAGCGUAUGGCUGGUCCCUCCAGCUCACCGGCCUCUCAUAUCUUGGACUGGGACUUGGGACAUUUAUCGCUUUGUUUGCUUUGAUCAGAUUCAAUGACGCACAGGUCGUGAAGCUCAUGACGACGAACAAUGGAUUAUUCGAGCCCGAAAUGAGAUUGGCGACGACACCAUACUGUGGAAUCAUGCUCCCGAUGUCUCUGAUAUGGUAUGGCUGGGUAACAGACAAACAUUCUCACUGGCUCUCGGCUAUUACUGGCACCGUGCCUUAUGGUAUUGGUAUGUUAGGCAUCUUCCUUCCGUUUCAGACAUAUAUGGUCGAUGCCUUUCCCCUUCAUGCUGCCUCCGCUGUUGCCGCCCCAACAGUUAUGCGUUCGCUGUUCGCGGCAUUUCUACCGCUGGCGGCGCCUCCGCUCUAUCAGAGCCUGGGCCUGGGUUGGGGGAAUACCUUAUUGUCGUUUUUGGCCUUGAUCAUGGUUCCCAUUCCGAUGGCGUUCUACAGGCAUGGUGGUAAAAUUAGAAGGAGAUUCCCUGUUCAUUUGUGA